AUGAAGCGCGCCAUCGUGGCAUCGGCACGGUCGGGCGUCCCGACAUCUGCCCUUCGCGUGAGAUCUCGAAUCCAAUGGAAUCGCAUUGAUUUGGUUCAGAUGCGGAACGGAUGGAGGACGCACAACUGCAGCCGAAGGCCCUACAGCACGAACCCGGCCCCGGCUGAAGCCAGCCCUUCUUCGACAUCUACGGCAUCGACGCUGCCCCCGCCUCUGCCUCCUCGUCGACCCCGAGUCGAGCUCAAGCGAACUGAUGAGACCGUUGAGAUCGUGUUCAGGAAGAAGACGUUCUACAUGAUUGUGACCAGCGUGGCCGCCUUCGCCUUCCUCUACUCGACCGACUUCACCGCCUGGCUCUACCACGCGCUCCAUAAAGACGAACUCGAAGCACACUGGGCCGGCAGACUGUACGACGAAUCGUACCAGCUGCUCCUGAAGCGAUCCAAGCGGCGACUGCUCGAGGAGCGCAACUUCCUCGCCGCCAGCGAGGACAGGGACGCCCUUUCCCGCACCGACCUCAGGGUGGUGAAGGUCGAGCCGAAGCACUCGUUCCUCACCUGGCGCUACAGCAUCGCUAAGGACGGUUCGGUGAACCACACCUUCAAGUUGUGGAAGUUCGACGUGCAGAUUGACAUCGACUACGCGCUCAAGGUGCGCACGGCACACGUGGGCAACAUGCGCGCUCGUGGCCUGCUGGGCAUCGAGGACAUGCACCUCCUCGCCGCCGAGGUGGUCCCCCGUGCGGCGCAGCCGCCGCCCAUUCUGCUGACCAAGCGGGAGAAGCCGCUCAGCUUCGACCUCGGCGUGACCGCCUACCCGCCGCACCUCAGCCUCCCCGACAAGUGGGGCGUCGCCAAGCAGUGA